ACCAUGAUGGCAUCUUGUCGUCUCAAGGUUGUGUCAAGAGGAUCUGCUUUCGUUUGAGCUUCCAAUAACAUGAGUAUCCAAUCUGAACUGUCAUAAAAACAAAAAUAGAGCAACACCAGCUGUACGACAUCGAAAAAAACCUGAACUCUGCCACAAUGCUCAUGCAAAACGAAAGGCUCCCGUGGAUUCUUGGGUGUCUGCAGGUCCUUCUCUUAGCCCUCAUAUUUGGUUGCACCACCUACCAAGAUGAUAUUGCCAGUGGAUACUCUCUGGGCGAGUACGCGAUCUUCCGCGAUAUUUUGGUGAUGCUCUUGAUCGGUUUCGGAUUUUUGAUGUCAUUUCUCCAUAAAUACGGUCUCGGAGCGGUUGGUUUCACUCUCAUGCUCACGGCUUUGUCCAUGCAGCUCAAUAUCUUAGUCGAACUCCUUUGCCGAUACAUGAACGAACCAUCCCACGUUGAAUUUCCCCAUCCCAUCCACCUCACCACCCUGGUGGAUGCCGAGUUUGCUGCUGCGACCCUUCUCAUUUCGUUUGGCGCUAUCAUCGGCCGCGCCUCUCCCCUUCAGCUCAUCGUGAUGACACUAAUGCAGUCCUUCUUCUAUGCUCUCAAUAAGGUAGUGAUUGUGUUGGGAGCUUGGAAAGCUGAGGACGUCGGGGGCACCAUCACCAUUCACAUGAUGGGUGCAUACUUCGGCAUGGGGGUGUCUCGCGUUCUGGGCGAACCAAAAGGCCGCUCCAAGGUCAACGCCGACUCAAGUGCCGUCUCAGAUGUUAUGGGCCUAAUUGGAACCACGAUCCUUUGGGUCUAUUGGCCGAGCUUUGUGGGAGCAACCGAGACUGCGAACCCCGCAACAGAACAUCUUUGCAUCAUGCACACUGUUUUGGCUUUGUUGGGAUCAACUGUUGCAACGUUCUGCUUCAGUUCUCGUUGGACCCAAGGAAACAAGUUUGAUCCUGUCCACGUAGCCAAUGCUACCCUUGCUGGCGGAGUGGCCAUCGGGGCUUCUGCACGCCUUGAAAUGACUCCCGGUGGAGCUCUGUUGUUGGGGAUAUUGGCAGGCGGCCUUUCCACAUUCGGAUAUGCCUAUGGCACCCCCUUUUGCGAAGACUAUCUCAAGAUGUUUGAUACUUGUGGCGUACACAACCUCCAUGGGUUACCUAGUGUCUUGGGAGGUCUGGCCAGUGCGAUCUUUGUUGCCAUUGAUGACGACGCUGAAUUCCUCCACAAUGAUGGCAUUCCCCAGCCAGUUCGCCAGAUCCUCGCAGUUCUCACCACUAUAGCCCUCGCAGUUUCGUCUGGAUUUCUCACGGGUAUUGCUAUGAAGUUCGCAACUUUGGGCGAAGCUUCUUUCGUCGAGGAGUACAAUGACGCCAUGUGGUGGGAAGGUUGCUACAUGCAAGCCAUGCCACAGGACGAACUCGAUCUAUCUGCCAAAUCCAAGGCGAGCAUCUCCCCGAUAGUGAUUGUGGCGGAAGAAGAAGCUGAUGCCUAGUGGGUGAGAUGAUUGAAUCAGAGUACCCAAACGACGCGAUACUUGUGGCACACAUCAUAGAGAAGCUUCUAGGUACAAGAAAGCAAGGGCAGAAAUACAUCAUAUCGAAGAACUUAUUACAUACACAUAUCAUAAAGAAGCAUACUAUAAAGAACAUCAGACAAAGUUUC